AUGCCAUUCUUCCUCCUCUGCAGGGCCAGCAUUGUGCAGAAGAGGAUCAUCUACUUCCUGGAUGAAGGUUCCCUCACUGUCAGACUGUGUGAGAAAGGUACAGCAUAUCUGUCCUUUACGAAUGUUACUUCUCACAGAACAGCCCCAUGCUUUUAUAUGAUCUGUUACUGUAGAUUAUAAUUGAGAUUCUGUACGUAGUCAUAUUCUAAAACUAUUCUAUUCAAUCAAGCAACAUCACCAUUCUUAUCUCGUGUGUGUAUGUGUGUGCCUUUCAGAGACUGUGUUUGGGGAGACCACAGAGAAGCCCCCUCUGGAAUGCUGUGCCUGUGGGACGGCUAAGUACAGAGUCACCUUCUUUGGGAACUGGUCGGAGAAGAUUCACCCUAAAGACUACCCCAGUAAGUCUCUCACUGCGGUCAUACAGUAUAUCUCCACGCCCACAUGACUGUACAAAGUCCCACCAGUUGCUCCUCUGUCAGUUUUCUAUGGAGUGUGAAAGGAUCUGCACCAUUAUAGUACUGAAGCAAGACAUUGUGGUUUGGGAAGAAACACAAGAAGGUGACAUUUUACCCUGGACAUAUUCUGUUGACUAGAGUAACAUACUUAUAUUUACAUUUGAGUAAUUUAGCAGACACUAUUAUCCAGAGCGACUUACAGUAGUGAGUGCAUACAUUUUUCAUACUGGCAAUUUGCAUAUACUCCAGAAUGUCAUGAAAAGUGAUCAGAUGAAUUGCAAUUAAUUGCAAAGUCCCUCUUUGCCAUGAAAAUGAACUUAAUCCCCCCAAAACAUGUCCACUGCAUUUCAGCCCUGCCACAAAAGGACCAGCUGCCAUCAUGUCAGUGAUUCUCUCGUUAACACAGGUGAGAGUGUUGACGAGGACAAGGCUGGAGAUCACUCUGUCAUGCUGAUUGAGUUAGAAUAACAGACUGGAAGCUUUAAAAGGAGGAUGGUGCUUGAAAUCAUUGUCCUUCCUCUGUUAACCAUGGUUACCUGCAAGGAAACACGUGCCGUCAUCAUUGCUUUGCACAAAAAGGGCUUCACAGGCAAGGAUAUUGCUGCUAGUAAGAUUGCACCUAAAAUCAACAAUUUUUUGGAUCAUCAAGAACUUCAAGGAGAGAGGUUCAAUUGUUGUGAAGAAGCCGUCAGGGCGCCCAAGAAAGUCCAGCAAGCGCCAGGACCGUCUCCUAAAGUUGAUUCAGCUGCGGGAUCAGGGCACCACUAGUGCAGAGCUUACUCGGGAAUGGCAGCAGGCAGGUGUGAGUGCAUCUGCACGCACAGUGAGGUGAAGACUUUUGGAGGAUGGCCUGGUGUCAAGAAGGGCAUCAAAGAAGCCACUUCUCUCCAGGAAAAACAUCAGGGACAGACUGAUAUUCUGCAAAAGGUACAGGGAUGCUGAGGACUGGGGUAAAGUCAUUUUCUCUGAUUAAUCCCUUUUCCGAUUGUUUGGGGCAUCCGGAAAACACCUUGUCCGGAGAAGACAAGGUGAGCGCUACCAUCAGUCCUGUGUCAUGCCAACAGUAAAGCAUCCUGAGACCAUUCAUGUGUGGGGUUGCUUCUCAGCCAAGGGAGUGGGCUCACUCACAAUUUUGCCUAAGAACACAGCCAUGAAAAAAGAAUGCUACCAACACAUCCUCCGUGAGCAACUUCUCCCAACCAUCCAAGAACAGUUUGGUGAUGACCAAUGCUUUUUCCAGCAUGAUGGAGCACCUUGCCAUAAGGCAAAAGUGAUAACUUAGUGGCUCGGGGAAGAAAACAUCGACAUUUUGGGUCCAUGGCCAGGAAACUCCCCAGACCUUAAUCCCAUUGAGAACUUGUGGUCGAUCCUCAAGAGGCAGGUGGACAAACAAAAACCCACAAAUUCUGACAAGCUCCAAGCAUUGAUUAUGCAAGAAUGGGCUGCUAUCAGUCAGGAUGUGGCCCAGAAGUUAAUUGACAGCAUGCCAGGGCGGAUUGCAGAGGUCUUGAAAAAGAAGGGUCAACACUGCAAAUAUUGACUCUUUGCAUAAACCCAAUGUAAUUGUCAAUAAAAGCCUUUGACACUUAUGGAAUGCUUGUAAUUAUACUUCAGUAUACCAUAGUAACAUCUGACAAAAAUAUCUAAAAACACUGAAGCAGCAAACUUUGUGAAGACCAAUACUGUCAUUCUCAAAACAUUUGACCACGACUGUAUAUAGAAUCUUUCACAAAGGGAAACGUAUCAUGGAAAAACACAAUUACAUUCAAAGGUUUCUGAGGAGAGCACUGAGUGACCAUAGUUCAAAGCAUCAGUUGUUUUUUGAUAGCGUUAUAUAUACACUGUACAGUCAGGUCCAAAAUUAUUGGCACCCUUGAUUAAGAUGAGUAAAAAGACUGUAUAAAAUAAAUAAUACAAAUACUGAGCUAUGCUCAAUAUGAUUUUUUUGACAAUUAUUUUAUACUAAUUAAAUUGCUCAAAAAAUUGAUUUUGUUUAACAAGUAAUUUGUUGUUUUUUCAAAAAGAUAGGGGUUAAAAUGAUUGGCACCCCUGUUUUCAAUACCUUUCAAUAUCUCACCUUGCGAAGAGGGCACUGAGCCUUUUUAGUAAACGUUUUAUUGGAUUGGAGAACACAUUGGGAGGGAGGGAUCUUAGACCAUUCCUCCAUACAGAAUCUUUCCAGAUCGUUGAUAUCCUUCAUCUGCGCUUAUGGACUGCACUCUUCAAUUCAAACCACAGGUUUUCAAUGGAAUAAAAGUCUGGAGACUGAGAUGGCCAUUGCAAAAUGUUGAUUUUGUGGUCAAUUAACCAUUUCUUUGUGGAUUUUGAUGUGUGCUUGGGGUUAUUGUCUUGCUGAAAGAUCCACUUCCGGACAAAAUUCAGCCUCCUGGCAGAGGCAACCAGGUUUUGACGCCAAACCCACCACUGGUGUGCCUAGCCAAAGAGCUCUAAUUUCAUGUCAUCCAGCAAAUGUAAAUGCUUGGAGUUUGUUAAACGGCAUCGGCACUUGGAUUGCAACCAGUGCUAUUGUCAGAUGACAUGAAAAUAUAACUCUUUGGAAACACACACAUGGGGCUAUUUUGCUUCCACUGGUCCUGGUGCCCUUUGUUAAGGUCAACGGCAUCAUGAACUUUACCCAGUACCAGGACAUUUUAGCCAAAAACCUGGUUGCCUCUGCCAGGAGGCUAAAACUUGGCCUGAAGUGGAUAUUCCAGCAAGGCAACCCCAAGCACACAUCAAAAUCCACAAAGAAAUUGUUAAUUGUCCACAAAAAUCAACAUUUUACAAUGGCCAUCUCAGUCUCCAGACUUGAAUUCCAUUGAAAACCUGUGGUUUGAAUUGAAGAGGGCAGUCCAUAAGCGCAGACGAAGGACAUCAAGGACCUGAAAAAAAUCUGUAUGGAGGAAUGGUCUAAGAUCCCUCCAAAUCUGUUCCCCAAACUCAUAAAACAUUUAUAAAAACGCUCAGUGCCGUUAUCCUUUUAAGGUGAGGUAUUGAAAACACGGGUGCCAAUACUUUUGUUGUACAUUUUACAUUUGAGUCAUUUUAGCAGACGCUCUUAUCCAGAGCGACUUACAGUUAGUGAGUGCAUACAUUUUUCAUACUGGCCCCCCGUGGGAAUCGAACCCACAACCCUGGUGUUGCAAGCGCCAUGCUCUACCAACUGAGCAACAGGAGGCCUGUACAAAAUAUAUUUCUCUGAGCAAUUGUAUUAGUAUAAAAUAAUACAAUAAAAAUAAAAUGUUGAGCAUAUAAUAUAGCUCAGUAUUGCAUUAUCUAUUUUAUACAGUCUUUUUUGCUCAUCUUUAUCAAGGGUGCCAAUAAUUUUGUACCUGACUGUAUACAUAUACAGCGCAUUCGGAAAGUAUUCAGACCCCUUUACUUUUUCCACAUUUUGUUACGUUACAGCCUUAUUCUAAAAUGGAUUAAAUAAAUAGAAAUCCUCAUCAAUGUACACACAAUACCCCACAAUAACAAAGCGAAAACAGGUUUUUAAAAAUAGAUGAACAUUUAUUAAAAUAAAAAAGAAAUACCUUAUUUACAUAAGUAUUCAGACCCUUUGCUAUGAGACUCGAAAUUGCAUUCUGUUUCCAUUGAUCAUCCUUGAGAUGUUUCUACAACUUGAUUGGAGUCCACCUGUGGUAAAUUCAAUUGAUUGGACAUGAUUUGGAAGGCACACACCUGUCUAUAUAUGGUCACACAGUUGACAGUGCAUGUCAGAGCAAAAACCAAGCCAUGAGGUCAAAGGAAUUGUCCGUAGAGGUCCGAGACAGGAUUGUGUCGAGGCACAGAUCUGGGGAAGGGUACGAAAAACUUUCUGCAGCAUUGAAGGUCCCCAAGAACACAGUGGCCUCCAUCAUUCUUAAAUGGAAGAAGUUUGGAACCACCAAGACUCUUCCUAGAGCUGGCCACCCAGCCAAACUGAGCAAUCGGGGGAGAAGGGCCUUGGUCAGAGAGGUGACCAAGAGCCCGAUGGUCACUCUGACAGAGCUCCAGAGUUCCUCUGAGGAGAUGGGAGAACCUUACAGAAGGACAACCAUCUCUGCAGCACUCCACCAAUCAGGCAUUUAUGGUAGAGUGGCCAGACAGAAGCCACUCCUCAGUAAAAGGCACAUGACAGUCUGCUUGGAGUUUGCCAAAAGGCACCUAAAGGACUCUCAGACCAUGAGAAACAAGAUUCUCUGGUCUGAUGAAACUAAGAUUGAACUCUUUGGCCUGAAUGCCAAGCGUCACGUCUGGAGGAAACUGGCACCAUCCCUACGGUGAAGCAUGGUGGUGGCAGCAUCAUGCUGUGGGGAUGUUUUUCAGCGGCAGGGACUGGGAGACUAGUCAGGAUCGAGGGAAAAAUGAAUGGAGCAAAAUACAGAGAGGUCCUUGAUGAAAACCUGCUCCAGACCACUCAGGACCUCAGGCUGGGGCGAAGGUUCACCUUCCAACAGGACAACAACCUUAAGCACACAGCCAAGACAACACAGGAGUGGCUUCGGGACAAGUCUCUGAAUGUCCUUGAGUGACCCAGCCAAAGCCCGGACUUGAACCCGAUCGAACAUCUCUGGAGAGACCUGAAAAUAACUGUGCAGCGACACUCCCCAUCAAACCUGACAAAGGUGCUUCAACAAAGUACAGUAAAGGGUCUGAAUACUGAUGUAAAUGUUAUAUUUCCGGGUUUUUUUUAUACAUGUGCAAAAAUGUCUAAAAACCUGUUUUUGCUUUGUCAUUAUGGGGUAUUGUGUGUACAUUGAUGCGGAAAAAAACAAUUUAAUCAAUUUUAGAAUAAGACUGUAAUGUAACAAAAUGUGGAAAAAGUCAAGGGGUCUGAAUACUUUCCAAAUGCACUGUAUACUGUAUACAGUAUGUGUGUGGUGUGACAGGGUCUAUUCCAGCCUCAACUCUCUCAGUAAUGAUGAGGGCUCCAGCAAUGGUAGUGCGGGCCUCACGUUGUAACUAACAAUGACCUUCCAGCUACAGUACAUGCAAGGUCAAAGCCAGGAGCGAUCUGUCAGCCUCUACACACACACACACACACUUUAUGUCUUUGUCAAAUUGUCUCUUUGUUUCCUUGUAUACAGGACGUGCCAAUCAUUGGUCAGCCCUCAUCGGGUCAUCCCACUCCAGGAGCUAUGUCCUUUGGGAGUACGGGGGCUUCGCCAGUGAAGGGGUGAAACAGGUGGCAGAGCUGGGGUCUCCAGUUAAAAUGGAGGAGGAGAUAAGACAGAAGGUGAGCUUGGUUAGACUCCUCUUAGUCAGACUAUGAUAGAAGAGAGAUGCAGACAGUACAUCAUGGGUUCAGACCAGAGGAGGCUGGUGGGAGGAGCUAUAUGUAGGACAGGCUCAUUAUAAUGGCUGGAAUGGAAUAAAUGGAACGGAGUCAAACCUGUGGUUUCCAUAUGUUUGAUGUGUUUGAUACCAUUCUAUUUAUUCCAUUCCAGCCAUUAUAAUGAGCCCGUCCUCCUAUAGCUCCUCCAGUUCAGACCUGUUCAUGUUGAUCAGCUAUAUCUCCACUCUCUGAUGUCUUGAUAUUUCUAUUCUUUCAACUCUGUCUUUUCUGUUUCCUACCUGUCUCUGCCUCUGAAACAGCAUGUCAAAGGUUGAUCAGUUAAUGGAAGGCCCUCCCUGACAUCUUAAUGAAACACAUUAGUCCGUAUAUUGGCUGAUCUGCACCACUCUGCUGUUGAAUGUUAAUUUCCUGCUAUUGGGUGAAAUGGCAACAAUAGAGCGUUUAGCCCAGGGACAGAUGAGAUGCUGAGGGGCAUUAUGGGAUGGCUGUGGAGGAGAGUGGGCAUGGCUAAUGGAGGGAGAAGUGAGAGAGGACGGCCACCUCAUAGAGAAUCUUAAAGAAGAACUGAACUCGAGAACCAACUUCUCUCGUUGAAAACGGCAUAUGUGACAUCGAUAUUAGUCCGAAGCAUUUAUUCCAGUGCCAAAAUUGACUACAAGGUGCAAGACAGUUUCUUGAGAUUUGAGUAAAAGAGUUCGUUGUGACUUACUUGAGGGUUGGGUUUUGAAUUCGACAAUGCCCACUAACACGGGAUAAACAGCUGAGGGGAUUGCGCUCUCCAAAUGGUACGUCAGAACACACAGACAGUGAGAAAGACCUGCCCAGCAGCGCAGCAGAUUGGACUUUGUUUACAUACUGUCAGACAACGUGGCGCAUUUCUUUACUUGAGAAAUACCAAACACCUUAGCUAGAUGUAAAAUUGCGUGACUAAAACCUCCUUGGCAAAUAUGUCAACAUGAAUUACAGAUUCCUUGAGUCAUCUUAGAUUAAUUCUGAAUAUUUUGAGGAAGUGAUGCUGGCUUUGUUCCUAUGGUGUAUGAUGGGGGACAAACAUCAGUAACUGCUCCAUCGAACCACACACCCAAGACUUUAAAUUAAAUGUUUCUUAAUGAGCAACAGAAAAAAAAACAUGCAGAAUUGGUGCGUUCAGGAAAAGGCUCAUAACCCACGUGGGAUCCUUUGUCUUUCCGACAAUGCUGUGAGGGCCGACUGAUCAUAGGGAAUGUUGACACGUUUCAGAUGGAUGAUAGAGCGGCCUGUUCUGUUCGACUUCUUGUCACUUGCAAAUAUAUGAUAGGAUACUCUGGAUACGGGCCACAAUCACCUGUGGCAGUGCUGCCACUUUCAACUUGUCUGUUUUUACUUUUCAAUCACUCAAAAAAGUAGAACGAUUGGUUGUUGUAAGACAUGGCUGUGAUUUUUACAUUUUAGUCAUUUAGCAGACGCUCUUAUCCAGAGCGACUUACAGUUAGUGAGUGCAUACAUUUUUCAUACUGGCCCCCCGUGGGAAUCGAACCCACAACUCUGGCGUUGCAAGUGCCAUGCUCUACCAACUGAGCUACUUUGAUAUCAAAGUAUAAUUCAAACCAUAGGAAUGAAAUCGAAACACUCUUGCAAAAGUUAUAUUACUGAUUGAAAUUGGUUAUGAAAUUAAAUAGUGAUAGAAUUACAUUGGACACAGAUUAGUAAUGGUCCUUACUGUAUAAGAUGCAGAUGCUUCCAGAAUUCAAAGAGCAGUCUGGUGGUCGUGUUAUGACUGUUUGUGGAUGUGACCGUGACCGGUGUUCUCAUAGCCCCCUGUCAUUCAUCCACUGCGGUGCACUGGCCUGUCAACACAUAGUCUACACCUGUCAUCUGUUUGCUUUGGAAUGCCAUCUCCUAUAUCAUAGAUGGGUUGGUUGUUUAGCAACACAACCGACGCAUUCGCAACUAUGGAGCAAAACAGAUGGGGUUGGCUUAGAUUGUUGACAACAUGUAAACUAUAUUUAGUCUCCAAUGUUUAUUAAAAACAUCAAUACAUUUGCACAAAGAGCACUUGUUGUCUCUGAAAUACGUUGUUACAGUUGUUGGUUAGCUAGGUAGCGAAUUUUAGCCACGUUAGCAUUGACAUGAAAUCAGUCAAAAGAUUUCAAAACAAGACAUGGUCUCAAGAACAAGAUAAAACUAGCCGAAACUAUUCCCCACAUGGCAGUUUAAUGUCAUUGUUGGUAGCUAUCUGGCCAUCAAGAAUCAACUUGCGGACUUCUGCCUCAUUGAAGCGUGCACAUCGUUUUCGUGACGUUGUCAGCUAACCAAUCUCUAUCAUACAUCAAUGUUGCCAACAGAGUUCUUUUUUUUAAAUGUGAUCCUACGUAGGCCAUUUAUAUAAUGGCUUAAUAAAAUAAUAUAAAUAUCUACCUACACAUCCUUGUCCCUGACCUGUUUGGAGAGCUCCUUGGUCUUCAUGGUGCCACUUAGUUGGUGGUACUCCCUUGCUUAGUGGUGUUGCAGACUCUGGGGCCUUUCAGAACAGGUGUAUAUAUACUGAGAUCAUGUGACAGAUCAUGUGACACUUAGAUUGCACACAGGUGGACUUUAUUUAACUAAUUAUGUGACUUCUGAAGGUAAUUGGUUGCACCAGAUCUUAUUUAGGGGCUUCAUAGCAAAGGGGGUGCAUAUAUAUGCACGCAGCACUUUUCCGUUAUUUAUUUUAUUUUACUUCACCAAUUUGGACUAUUUUGUGUAUGUCCAUUACAUGAAAUCCACAUAAAAAUCAAUUUAAAUUACAGGUUGUAAUGCAACAAAAUAGGAAAAAUGCCAAGGGGGAUGAAUACUUUUGCAAGGCACUGUAGCUCUAAGCCACAGCAAUUCCUUCUAUUUUGUUGAAUUGAGACACUGGCUAUUGGGUGUUGUAGAAUGCGCUUUCAUUCUCACACGAUAAGGCUAGAUUAUAACAUUCCGUGCUCAUCAUUUGACAAUGUCGCACGGGAAACAAUAUUGUCCAGUUUUGGGGUGAUUACAUUUUCUAAUUCUGCUGCUGACCUUGGGAAAUGCUACUGAAGGAGCUCAGAAUCAAUUUCUAGCCAGGGAAGGGAAAUAGUUUCUGCUAAACACUGGUACAUAACAGUAGACUCAAGAAGAUAAGGCGGGGGAAAAUAUGGAUUAAUCUGAAUUAAGAGACACCAUAGGGCAAGCGCUCGAGGUGAAACUCAGAAUGUUAAUCUCCAUGCUCUGGUAUUUACAUUAAGUAAGGACAGAAUCAAAAGAAAGGUUUCUGAACACUUUAUUACAAUGUUACGCUGGAUAUUCGUGUAAAUAAUGAAUGAAGAUUAAUGUGUAAGCAUGACAAAAUAGCUACAAUUGCCAUCCUAUUUCUCGGCAUUAAAAUAAUUGAGCUGUAUGAGCAAGUUUUGAUUUGUAUCAUUUGUAUCGCCUACACGCUUAGAAAAAAGGGUUCCAAAAGGGUUCUUCGGGUGUCCCCAUAGGAUAACCUUUUUUGGUUCCUUCCAGGUAUAACCCUUUUUGGUUCCAGGUAGAACUCUUUUGGGUUCCAUGUAGAAAACCCAAAAGGGUUCUACCUGGAACCAAAGGGUUCUACCUGGAACAAAACGGGUUCUUCAAGGGGUUCUCCUAUGUGGAAGGCCAAAGAACCCUUUUAGGUUCUAGAUAGCACCUUUUUUUCUAAGAGUGUACUGUUAUUCUGAAAGUUCUUUCCACUGUUUAUUAAUGGUCCCAUUCUGGCUCUGGUAGCCAUGACUUAUACAGGCAUUUGUUGAAGUGUUGUGGACUGUGGAGAUUGUUGACCUUGAACUCAACCAACUGUCAUCCUGUAUGGAGUGGGCUGUGGAACCGAUGAGAGGACAAUUGAAGAGAGUGAGGGUGUCAAACAUGAUGAUUACAUAUUGAUGAGUUUCAAGUGAGGGGGCCAUAUUCAUAGCAUAGAUAGAAAGCAAUACACCAUUUCAGUGAAGAAGUUAUUGAAAAGAUUGCCCCUUUGAGUAGUCUGUUCUUAAGAAAAUGGACAGUAGGACCUUGGUCCAGGUGUAUUCUCCUUGCCAAAGAUUUGUAUUCCAGAUAUCAUUAUUAUUGGGUGUUUUAUGAUGAUCCCCAUCAUGCUAAUAUUUGUAUUGUGCUAGCUAUUUUCGAAUUCACAGUAUGAAGUUAAUGAGAACCCUGAUGAAAUGGCUAAUGCUGUAAUGUUGUCCUCUAACCAAGACAAUGUGGUGAGUGCCUUCAGUGUUCUCUGAUGUAACAGUGCUGUGAACUUUCCAUUUCCUCUAACAGUAUGGUGCAUGCCAUUUGCAUACAAUUGACAUCCUUGGAAUGCUUAACAACACAAUCUCUCUGUGUGCGUGCGUGCGUGCGUGUCUGUGUGUGUGUGUGUUUGUGUGUGCAUGCAUGCGAUGAAUCACAAAGCAGCUAACACAUUGAGAUUAGACAUGGGCAACACGCAAUGAGUAAUUUAACAUUUACAUGUAUUAUUAAUGGCUUACAAUACACAUUUAAUGUAAUGUCCGUAAUGUAAGAACCCCCACAAACACAACAAAUUGCACACAUGCAAAUGUACAGUUGAAGUCGGAAGUUUACAUACACUUAGGUUGGAAUCAUUAAAACUCGUUUUUCAACCACUCCACAAAUUUCUUGCUAACAAACUAUAGUUUUGGCAAGUCGGUUAGGACAUCUACUAUGUACAUAACAAAAGUAAUUUUUCCAACAAUUGUUGACAGAUUAUUUCACUUAUAAUUCACUGUAUCGCAAUUCCAGUGGGUCAGAAGUUUACAUACACUAAGUUGACUGUGCCUUUAAACAGCUUGGAAAAUUCCAGAAAAUGAUGUCAUGGCUUUAGAAGCUUCUGAUAGGCUAAUUGACAUCAUUUGAGUCAAUUGGAGGUGUACCUGUGGAUGUAUUUCAAGGCCUACCUUCAAACUCAGUGCCUCUUUGCUUGACAUCAUGGGAAAAUCAAAAGAAAUCAGCCAAGACCUCAGAAAAAAAAAUGUAGACCUCCACAAGUCUGGUUCAUCCUUGGGACAAUUUCCAAACACCUGAAGGUACCACGUUCAUCUGUACAAACAAUAGUACGCAAGUAUAAACACCAUGGGACCACGCAGCCAUCAUACCGCUCAGGAAGGAGACGCGUUCUGUCUCCUAGAGAUGAACGUACUUUGGUGUGAAAAGUGCAAAUCAAUCCCAGAACAACAGCAACGGACCUUGUGAAGAUGCUGGAGGAAACAGGUACAAAAGUAUCUAUAUCCACAGUAAAACGGGUCCUAUAUCGACAUAACCUGAAAGGCCGCUCAACAAGGAAGAAGCCACUGCUCCUCUGGUCUGAUGAAACAAAAAUAGAACUGUUUGGCCAUAAUGGCCAUCGUUAUGUUUGGAGGAAAAAGGGGGUGGCUUGCAAGCCGAAGAACACAAUUCCAACCGUGAAGCACGGGGGUGGCAGCAUCAUGCUGUGGGGGUGCUUUGCUGCAGGAGGGACUGGUGCACUUCACAAAAUAGAUGGUAUCAUGAGGAAGGAAAAUUAUGUGGAUAUAUUGAAGCAACAUCUCAAGACAUCAGUCAGGAAGUUAAAGCUUGGUCACAAAUGGGUCUUCCAAAUGGACAAUGACCCCAAGCAUACUUCCAAAGUUGUGGCAAAAUGGCUGAAGGACAACAAAGUCAAGGUAUUGGAGUGGCCAUCACAAAGCCCUGACCUCAAUCCUAUAGAAAGUUUGUGGGCAGAACUGAAAAAGCGUGUGUGAGCAAGGAGGCCUACAAACCUGACUCAGUUACACAAGCUCUGUCAGGAGGAAUGGGCAAAAAUUCACCCAACUUAUUGUGGGAAGCUUGUGGAAGGCUACCCGAAACGUUUGACCCAAGUUAAACAAUUUAAAGGCAAUGCUACCAAAUACUAAUUGAGUGUAUGUAAACUUCUGACCCAAUGGGAAUGUGAUGAAAGAAAUAAAAGCUGAAAUAAAUCAUUCUCUCUACUAUUAUUCUGACAUUUCACAUUCUUAAAAUAAAGUGGUGAUCCUAACUGACCUAAGACAGGGAAUUUUUAUUAGGAUUAAAUGUCAGGAAUAGUGAAAAACUGAGUUUAAAUGUAUUUGGCUAAGGUGUACAGUGGGGUAAAAAAGUAUUUAGUCAGCCACCAAUUGUGCAAGUUCUCCCACUUAAAAAGAUGAGAGAGGCCUGUAAUUUUCAUCAUAGGUACACGUCAACUAUGACAGACACAUUCAGAAUUUUUUUUCCAAAAAAUCACAUUGUAGGAUUUUUUAUGAAUUUAUUUGUAAAUUAUGGUGAAAAAUAAGUAUUUGGUCACCUACAAACAAGCAAGAUUUCUGGCUCUCACAGACCUGUAACUUCUUCUUUAAGAGGCUCCUCUGUCCUCCACUCGUUACCUGUAUUAAUGGCACCUGUUUGAACUUGUUAUCAGUAUAAAAACACCUGUCCACAACCUCAAACAGUCACACUCCAAACUCCACUAUGGCCAAGACCAAAGAGCUGUCAAAGGACACCAGAAACAAAAUUGUAGACCUGCACCAGGCUGGGAAGACUGAAUCUGCAAUAGGUAAGCAGCUUGGUUUGAAGAAAUCAACUGUGGGAGCAAUUAUUAGGAAAUGGAAGACAUACAAGACCACUGAUAAUCUCCCUCGAUCUGGGACUCCACGCAAGAUCUCACCCCGUGGGGCAAAAUGAUCACAAGAACGGUGAGCAAAAAUCCCAGAACCACACGGGGGGACCUAGUGAAUGACCUGCAGAGAGCUGGGACCAAAGUAACAAAGCCUACCAUCAGUAACACACUACGCCGCCAGGGACUCAAAUCCUGCAGUGCCAGACGUGUCCCCCUGCUUAAGCCAGUACAUGUCCAGGCCCGUCUGAAGUUUUCUAGAGUGCAUUUGGAUGAUCCAGAAGAGGAUUGGGAGAAUGUCAUAUGGUCAGAUGAAACCAAAAUAUAACUUUUUGGUAAAAACUCAACUCGUCGUGUUUUGGAGGACAAAGAAUGCUGAGUUGCAUCCAAAGAACACCAUACCUACUGUGAAGCAUGGGGGUGGAAACAUCAUGCUUUGGGGCUGUUUUUCUGCAAAGGGACCAGGACGACUGAUCCGUGUAAAGGAAAGAAUGAAUGGGGCCAUGUAUCGUGAGAUUUUGAGUGAAAACCUCCUUCCAUCAGCAAGGGCAUUGAAGAUGAAACGUGGCUGGGUCUUUCAGCAUGACAAUGAUCCCAAACACACCGCACGGGCAACGAAGGAGUGGCUUCGUAAGAAGCAUUUCAAGGUCCUGGAGUGGCCUAGCCAGUCUCCAGAUCUCAACCCCAUAGAAAAUCUUUGGAGGGAGUUGAAAGUCGGUGUUGCCCAGCGACAGCCCCAAAACAUCACUGCUCUAGAGGAGAUCUGCAUGGAGGAAUGGGCCAAAAUACCAGCAACAGUGUGUGAAAACCUUGUGAAGACUUACAGAAAACGUUUGACCUGUGUCAUUGCCAACAAAGGGUAUAUAACAAAUUAUUGAGAAACUUUUGUUAUUGACCAAAUACUUAUUUUCCACCAUAAUUUGCAAAUAAAUUCAUUACAAAUCCUACAAUGUGAUUUUCUGGAAUUUUUUUCCUCAUUUUGUCUGUCAUAGUUGACGUGUACCUAUGAUGAAAAUUACAGGCCUCUCUCAUCUUUUUAAGUGGGAGAACUUGCACAAUUGGUGGCUGACUAAAUACUUUUUUUCCCCACUGUAUGUAAACCUCCGACUUGAACUGUACAUGUUACAUUUCCAUGCUAUAAGUUGUGAGUAAAGAUUCCUGUGGAGUAUGUUGUCUCUAGUUGCAUUGCUUGUUGCAAAAAAAGCAGGAAAACGUGAAGAAAGUGCUUACAACAUCGGCAGGACAUCACUGUCAUACGGUAUAUCCCCCGCUAGAUCCCCCUCUAUAUCCCCCUCUGUAGCCUCCUAUAUCCCCCUCUAUAUUCUCCGCUAUAUCCCCCUCUAUAUAUCCCCCUCUAUAUAUCACCCCCUAUAUAUCCCCCUCUAUAUCACCCUCUAUAUCCCCCUCUGUAGCCUCCUAUAUCCCCCUCUAUAUUCUCCUCUAUAUCCCCCUCUAUAUAUCCCCCUCUAUAUCCCCCUCUAUAUCACCCCCUAUAUAUCUCAUAUACUGUAUCCCCCUAUAUAUCCCCCUCUAUAUCACCCCCUAUAUAUCUCAUAUACUGUAUCCCCCUAUAUAUCCCCCUCUAUAUCACCCCCUAUAUAUCUCAUAUACUGUAUCCCCCUAUAUAUCCCCCUAUAUAUCCCCCGCUAUAUCAUCCUCAAGAGGCUUGGGUCAGCUCAAUCUAGAGCUGGGGCAAUUUUAAAGUAAAUGCGAUCUCUGGGGAGCUCUUUCUGUCAGCCCGGCCUUUCCACCACGCCUGCUAGCCCUAACAGUCCACACUACAUGACAGGGGAAAUAUUGCCUAAUGCUUUUUACAGACAGUCUUAAGCUAUCAGGGUUUUGGACGGCCGCCACAGGAUUCUUCCCUUUGUGAAUCUUCUGCUCGCUGGGCACGUUCGGGCAGGAUACCGCAGAGUAGACUGCUGCAUUGUUUGAGAGGUGUUCCAGUAGUUUAUCGAGGAACAAUUGUCUAAUUUCAACCAACUGGCAGUGUCUGGUUGCCUGUCAGCUCAGCUUUGCGAUUUUGCACAGAGACAUCAGUAUUUGAAAGACAGGCCUAACCCCUUUCUUGGCUUGUGAGGCUGAUCUUACAAUAUACUUCCCUGUACAAUAAAACCUGGCAUAGUCUGAUAAACAAUGACAUGGCUUGAAACUGAAUUGAAUUGCCUUUUACUGAGGUAUACGUUUCUAUACUUUGUUUUAUAUGAAAGUUUCCUCAACCAGCAAUGAUUGUCGCUUGAAAAAUAGAUAUAAAACAGUGGAUGCUGAGGGGAGGACAGCUCAUAAUAAUGGCUGGAAUGGAGAAAAUGGAAUGGCAUCAAACACCUGGAAACCAUGUGUUUGAUGUAUUUGAUACCAUUCCACUUAUUCCAUCCUAGCCAUUACCACGAGCCCGUCCUCCCCAAUUAAGGUGCCACCAACCUCCUGUGAUAUAAAACUAUAGUGCUUUGUAAUCAUAUCCCAACCAUCUGCUGUUUAUUGUUUGAGCUUAUCUCAUGACUGUGAUUUGAUUUCUGACAUCACUCACCAUUUUCACUUCAGAAAACGUUCAUAUACAGUAUACAGACCAGGGAAGCCCACAUUCUGUUACAGACAGAAGCCUGUGACAUGACAGACCAAUCAGAACUAAUCUCUCGGCAUGUCCAACCCCUGCAUUAUCUCAGCCAAUCAUGGCUAGCCAGAAAGGAUCCUGUCUUUCUCUCUAUAUAGCUCAGUGCUUUCUCCAUGGCUAAACUAGGCUCGUAAUUUAAAUGUUGUAUUAAUAUUUACAGAUCCCAUAUGAGUUUGUAAUUAAUGCACAUGAAAUGCUUCUUUUUAUGUUUCUACUGUGAAAGAGGAACUAGCAAAAACGCUAAUAUUGAGGAAUUUAGACACAUAGUUAUGCUGACGAAUACUUUAUCUGGUUUCUGCAGAACUGUGGAUCCAACUCAUCUUUGUACAGUCUGGCUAUAGUGGCUAUACACAUUCCAUUACAAUUGGUCAAACGUGUUUGUUUGUGCCCUCCACACACUUUAAAUGCUUUUGCAGGGGAUGAGAGAGGCUUUCCCUUCACAGUUAUAUAUAAAAGUUAGGAUGUAGCCUAUGCACCCAUGUUUGACUCUGUCCACUCUGCCAGUGUACUCUGUUGAGGCCUGGUGGACACCACUACACCAGGGGAGAAAGUCUUGUCCAAAGGCACACAGUUCAUGGGCUCCAGUAAGCCCAGGAUUACAGGGGAAUCUCAAACAUCCAGUGGGGCAUUAGCGCUGAUAAUAUGGAGGACAAAGCCCAAGAUUUCCUAACAAAUCUCUAAUCCUGGGCAUGGAGGAGAGAUAUGCCUCACAGCACCCACAGGUGUGCACAGGGAAACAAUAUUGCUGGGGUUAAUCCGACCGGUGCUGUUUACCUGGUAGAAUACUCACAUUAAUAUUGAAUGGAAAUGUAGAUUGUUUUGUUUGCAUAGCUUUACAGAGCAUGCAGAUUUCCUAUAGUGGUAGAGCAGUAUGUUAACAGUGUCAUACGAUAUAGCACUGUAUGGUUCUGGAGGUUAUAUGCAAAUGUCAUAGGCAACAUGCACUAGCUAUGCAAACACACAGGGUCUUUUCCUGGACAGAAACCUGUAAAUUAGUUCCCAAACAUUUCAGACCAUUUCAUGGACAAUUCCGAUUUUGCUGUAAACAAAGUUUAGAGUUUCUUUCAGUUAUCGUCAGUCUGGAAGUCGACAAAGUGCAUCUGUAUCUUUUCCUCUCCAGACACUUCACAGACUCCCUUCCUUUUGACUGGAAUGUCUUUCCUCCAUCUCAUAAACACAUCCUAAGCGUUUCUGUCUGUCAUUUUGACUAUCUGUCUUUUUUUCUGAAGGCUUCAUUUCACUGAGAUUGUCACGGGAGGGUUGGGAGGAGGGGAUGAAGGCAGGGGGCAGGGGGCAUGCCAGCCUGCAUAGCUUUCCUUCACUUUCAUCUGAAUACUUGACUGCUUCAGAAGAAAUUGCUGCAGACCUCUCCCACAGCCAAACUCAGCCUUUAUUGCCUCCCAUACACAUCCCACUGAAGAGGAGGAAACCUGAAGCAUCCAGGGAGGGCUUGAAAGCAUCUCUUCCAAUCUGCUCACAUCUUGACAUUUUCUAAAGCACAUUAAAAGAAUGAACUUCUGCUUAGUAAAGCUCUCUUCAAAGGGAAUCCCAAGUGUUUGUACUUGUGACGACAUCAGUAUACUGCUAAAGUACCGGGAGCUUUUGCUGGAGCUGUGCACAACAAUAACUGUUGUGUGACUGACAGUGUGUGCUGAGUGUCAGUGUCCUAGGCUUUUGUAAUGCAAUGAAGGUUCACUUGGUGAGUUUUUGUUGUUAGAAACAUUCAACAUGGUUCUUGGCUUGUUCCCCAGAGGGAUUGUACUGAAUGUCUCUGUCUCUAAUAGUAGGAGAAUAGUAGGCUAUAUGGCCAGAUCCCUCCAGCUCCUAAAGUCCUUCUAACACGGAGCCCUGUAAACACAAUAAAGCCACAUUAUGCUCAGAGCUUCUUUAAUUCAUGAGGGUCCCCUCAUCAAUCUGUUUUCAAUAACAGCCCUUGGCAGCCAUGUUUUUCCUAUGUAAAUUAACCCUGUUAUCCAAAGGCCUUGUUGACAGUAAUCUGCCCCUCAUUUUCUCUUUGGAUUCCUCCCUCCUGUGCCACAGCGAGAUGCCUGACAGCAUACACACACACCCAGGCACGCACACAAACACACACAAAGAAAGCUGACAGUCAACACACACACACACUGGUCUGGGUGACAGCCUGGACUUUCUCACUACACAAUCUCUCCACGGCCGCUAUUGUCUCAUGGUGCAGUAGGAUUGUGAGAGUCCAUAACAAAAGCAUUUCCAGGACAGUCUGUGUCGGCAUGUCAAACAUUUCAUUCCACUGAAAGUGCACAGUUCCUCACUCUCAAACUCACCUAUUUAAUGUAUCUAUAACAUUGAGAGUGAAUAUAGUCUAUAAUACAGUUCAUACACAUUAUAAUGUGGUUGUGUUUUUUGUUUAUCAUAUAAUGAUCAGAUAAUAAUCAGUGGAAGGAAUUGCCAAGAUGUAAACUCUAGAGUACAUGAACCUGUAGCUAUCCACCUACACACGCUUGAAGGUGUUCUAUGCAUUAUCAUACAAUGAUAGUGUGUUAUAGCCUUCAUUUAAAAUUUAAUUUAGAUUUUUUUGUCACUGUCCUACACACAAUACCCCAUAAUGUCAACGUGGACUUUUUCGAAAUGUUUACAAAUGAAUUUAAGAUUACAAGUUGAAAUGUCUUGAGUCAGUAAGUAUACAACCCCUGUGCUAUGGCAAGCCUAAAUAAGUUCAUGAGUAUAAAUGUGCUUUACAAGUCCCAUAAUAAGUUACAUGGACUCACUCUGUGUGCAAUAAUAGUGUUUAAAAUGAUUUUUGAAUGACCACCUCAUCUCUGUACCCCCCACACACAAUUAUCUGUAAGGCCCCUCAGCCGAGCAGUGAAUUUAAAACACAGAUUCAACCACAAAGACCAGGGAGGUUUUCCAAUGCCUCACAAAGAAGGGCACUUAUUUUUCUUAAAACUGCAUUGUUGGUUAAGGGCUUGUAAGUAAGCAUGUGACAAAUACAAUUUGAUUUGAUUUGACUUAUUGAUAGAUUGGUAAAAAAAAAAAAGCUGACAUUGAAUAUGCCUUUGAGCAUGGUGAAGUUAUUAAUUACACUUUGGAUGGUGUAUCAAUACACCCAGUCACUACAAAGAUACAGGCGUCCUUCCUAACUCCGUUGCCGGAGAGGAAGGAAACUUCUCAGGGAUUUCACCAUGAGGCCAAUGGUGACUUUAAAAGAGUUACAGAGUUUAAUGGCUGUGAUAGGGAAAACUGAGGAUGGAUCAAAAACAUUGUAGUUAAUCCACAAUAUUAACCUAAAUGAGAGAGUGAAAAGAAGGAAGCCUGUACAGAAUAUAAAUAUUCCAAAACAUGCAUCCUGUUUGCAACAAGGCACUAAAGUAAUACUUUUUAAAAAUGGCAAAGCAAUUCACUUUUUGUCCUCAAUACAAAGUGUUAUGUUUGGGGCAAAUCCAAUACAACACAUUACUGAGUACCACUCUCCAUAUUUUCAAGCAUAGUGGGGGCUGCAUCAUGUUAUGUGUAUGCUUGUAAUCGAGAAGGACUGGGGAGAUUUUCAGGAUAAAAAAUAAAUAGAAUGGAACUAAGCACAUGCAAAAUCCUAGAGGAAAACCUGGUUCAGUCUGCUUUCCACCAAACCCUGGGAGAGGAAUUCACCUUUCAGCAGGACAAAUCUACACUGGAGUUGCUUUACCAAGAAGACAGUGAAUGUUCCUGAGUGAAGGAGUUACAGUUUUGACUGAAAAUGGUUGUCUAGCAAUGAUCAAUAGCCAAUUCGACAGAGCUUGAAGAAUUCUGAAAUGAAUAAUGGCCAAAUGUUGCACAAUUCAGGUGUGGAAAGCUCUUAGAGACUAACCCAGAAAAACUCAUAGCUGUAAUCGCUGCCAAAGGUGCUUCUACAAAGUAUUGACUCAGGGCUGUGAAUACUUGUAUUUCUGCAUUUCAUUUUCAAUACAUUUGCUAAGAUUUCUAAAAACAUGUUUUCACUUUGUCAUCAUGGGGUAUUGUGUGUAAAUGGGUGAGAAAAAUUAUAAAUGUAAUCCUUUUUUAAUUCAGGCUGUAACAAGUGGAAUAAGUCAAGGGGUAUGAAUACUUUCUGAAGGCACUGUAAGUGUAUUUUCAUAUUGUCUUAGAAACCAAACAAGUACAAACCUUUACUGUCAAGUCUAAUUUAAGAAUACUUCUCACUUCAGUGUUGUUCUUUUUGAUGUGUUUGUCUGCCUGUUUGUAUCCCUAGGCCAACCUCAGACUGUUAUUGUAAAAGGGAUAUAUUGUCUCAGAGAGCACUGGUGAAGUGAACUGGAGUAAGAUAUCACUGACUAGAGACAUGGGAAAGUGGUUGUAAGUUAUUUGUGGGAGCAGAUGAGUGCAGAUGGAGGGAGGUGUGUAGAGAGCUUUGGCUGUUGACAGACAAACUCACUGAGCUGACCUAAUUGGUGCAGAGCAGUCAGGCCAAACGAAGGAGCUGAUUGGCCACAAUGAGCUGCGGAUAGUGAUGGUGGCUGGGUAGGCAGACAUGGUUGAGGGUGUGUGUGUGUGUGUGUGUGUGUGUGUGUGUGUGUGUGUGUGUGUGUGUUUGCGUGUGUGUGCGCGUGCUUGUGUGUGUGUGUAGGGAUGUUGAGAGGGAGGAUUUGAGAGAAGCACACACUUCUUAAAAACAUGUGUCAGUGGUGUCUGGGUAAUGUAUAGAGUGGGGAUACGAGAGAGAGGAGAGAGAGCACUGGCCUUCAUACGGACCCCUAAGCUACCAUCUCACUAAUAGCUAAUGAUGAGUUUCCAAAAUGAGAGGAAAUUAGUCUUGCAUUUUAAUGAGGUUAAAUUGACACCGGUGGGGGAUUUUGGUGACUUGCAUUAGCUGCAAUUCUUGAACAUAAUUCUCAGAAUGUCUAAAACCGUUACCUAAAGACUCCAGCCAUAUCACCUCCUGUUCAGGACACCCUCACGCUGAAAUUAGAAUAUUUGCAGGGAUGACUAUCUCUCAACUCUCUGUCACGUCUGAUGUCUGAUGCCUUUGAUAGCACACUUUCAAUCUGACAUCAAUGCUUAGAGACUCAGACAGGCUCUCCAUGGCCCAUUCAUCCCUUACUCCUUUGUUAUGGUAGUGGUGAGUGGAGGGUCCAAUAUUUCACCCGUAAUACAGAUGUAGGAGCCUAGUUUGAGCACAUUUGCUACAGCAGCAAAAUAAUCCUGCAGCAACAGGAAAUGUGAAUUAUUAUUAGGAUUAUAAUUAAUGUAAAUGUUUGUAGAGGGUUGAUACUUUUUUCGUAAGGGACAAUGAAGUGUGCAAUUUCAAAGUGGAAAUAACUAACUUCAGAAGCCUUUUAAACCUCAAAUACACUACACGUUUAAAAUGUCCUGCAUUGCAGGAAAGUUAUCCUGCAACAGGGUGAUAAAAUUAAGAUCCUACAUCUGUCCUCUCUUUUAGUUAAUGGCUGCUCUUGAAAUACUUUAAGACGGCCUAUAGAGCGGCCAUUUUGUAUUGUCUGUAUUGUAUUGUAUUGUUGUUAAACAAAUAAAAAUAAAACAAAUAAAUAUUUUGUUUUUUUUAUGUAAAAGACGGCCUAUAGAUGACGUACAGAUAUUAAUAGCUAAUAUCAACAGGACUUGCCACCAAUCAAGUGUGUAUUAUUCAUAGGUGUAGCUUCUCUCUCUGAUAAAGCACUGUUCAACUGCUAAAUAGAACCUGAUUUCUCUGUUUUCGUAAACACCUGAUUUUGAUGUCGGAAGAGAAGGUUAUGUUAUUGAUUAUCCGAAUUUAGAAUUCAUUAGAAUUCAACUAAUAAAUAUAUCCUAUUGAAAAGUCUUAAAGCUCCCUGAAUUUGGAAUUAACUUUUUGAUGAAAGAGUGUUGCUGCGGCACAGGGUGUCUGUCUGUUGGCCUCACUGAAGGUGAAGCUGAAAUACUCUGUCAGAAAAUCAAUUGUAAAGAUCGGAGCAGGAGGAAGCGCUCUUUAUUAUGGUAACAGACAGAACGUCUUGUUUCUCUUUUCUUACUAGUGUGUUAUUGGACACAUCGUUUGUUACAAUAUAUUCUGUACAUGAGAAGUUUAAAGGAAAACUUGAGGAAGCUUGCAAUGUCAAAACUCUUUUUGGUAGUAGCUGCAGCUCUGUCCUCCUAUCAACUAGCCAUAAAAGCUCCCGAUCUCCAUUGUUUAAAAGGAAUAUCUUGUAAUCGAAAGAAGUACUAAGGUUUUGAUGGCGAGGGAUUUGAUUCAGUUCAUGUUGAGGAAUUUUCUGUGAAGAUGAAUGAGCAGGUAGCUAAACCCUCAUGCUUGAUGUCGAAGAGAUACUAAUGAACAGCACAACAAUGAAAGACCAAAGGAUUUUGAUCUUAGCGCUGUAACAUGUUAGCGAUCAACGAGCAACGUGCGUGUUACUCUAGCCCUAAGAAAGGUUCUGCUCAGGCUCAGGCCAAGGCUCAUUCAGUUCAUAGGAUCUCCUCCCCUCUACACCCUUUCUAUGCCACUGUCAUGGCCCCUCUCACUCUCCUAGCCCUAGGGCCUUUGUAGUGUACCAUUGUCCCAUGUAGCAAUGUUAGUGGAAACAGAUUGUAUCAGUAAGCCAUGCUUCAAAAGCAUGGAGAAAAAGCUGUGAACUAUCCCUCCAAAACCACUAUCAGAUAGGCCUGGCUGUUGAUUUGUUUGUUUAAUUAAACAUUUGGCAGGCCGAUUUAUUGAUAGUGAGACAUUCCAAAGGCCUUUGAUAUGACCUUGUUACCUUUGUUAUAGAUGAUUUGUGAAUUAUAUUUUCCGCGUGACAAGGGGGUGACUUGGGUUCUCAUCCCCCUUUAUUGUAAUUGUUUGACUCCGUUAUAUCUACCGUCACAUUCCAUUCACGUAGUUCAGAGUUCCAAUCUAGCGAGGACAAGAUCAUUACAUUGAGUGGCUUAGGUGGUUAUGACUGUCCUAACAGGCUGAAUCACAUAUUUUUACAUUUCACAUUUAGCCAUCCCCGAUGGCGGUAGCUACAGCACCUGAGACAUGAAUGUACGUGGAUGGUAUGGUAAAGCAUGUCUCUACAGUUAGGCUACAUGUAUUUUACAUGUUUCUAUAGAUAAAAGCAUAUGACUAUAGACAACUUUUACAAUAAAGUGUUACAAAAAACUGCAAAAAGUGUCAAUCAGACAGGCCUAUGACCAAGACCAGAUAGAAUCUUUACUGCUUAUCUUCCUACAUUUUUAUAAAAGACAGAUCCAAGCUUGGCUAAAGGUUGCUGGAUCAAAUUCCCGAGCUGACAAGGUAAAAAUCUGUCGCUCUGCCCCUGAGCAAGGCAGUUAACCCACUGCUCCCCGGGCACCGAAGACGUGGAUGUCGAUUAAGGCAGCCCUCUGCACGUCUCUGAUUCAGAGGGGUUGGGUUAAAUGCGGAAGACACAUUUCAGUUGAAUGCAUUCAGUUGUACAACUGACUAGGAAUCCCCUUCCCCUUUCCCUUAUACCUGCAUGCAUAUGAAAGUAUUCACCCCCCUCGGCAUAUUUCCUAUUUUGUUGCCUUACAACCUGUAAUUAAAAUUGAUUUUCUGGGGGUUUGUAUCAUUUGAUUUACACAACAUGCCUACCACUUUGAAGAUGCAAAAUAUUUUUUUGGGUGAAACAAACAAGAAAUAAGACAGGAAAACAGAAAACUUGAGCGUGCAUAACUAUUCAUCCCCCCCAAAGUCAAUACUUUGUAGAGCCACCUUUUGCAGCAAUUACAGCUGCAAGUCUCUUGGGUAUGUCUCUAUAAGCUUGGCACAUCUAGCCACUGGGAUUUUUGCCCAUUCUUCAAGGCAAAACUGCUCCAGCUCCUUCAAGUUGGACAGGUGUCCCUCAAGAAUUUCCCUGUAUUUAGCGCCAUCCAUCAUUCCUUCAAUUCUGACCAGUUUCCCAGUCCCUGCCGAUGAAAAACAUCCCCACAGCAUGAUGCUGCCACCACCAUGCUUCACUGUGGAGAUGGUGUUCUCGGGGUGAUGAGAGGUGUUGGGUUUGCGCCAGACAUAGCGUUUUCCUUGAUGGCCAAAAAGCUCAUAUGUUUGGGGAGUCUCCCACAUGCCUUUUGGCCAAUACCAAACGUGUUUGCUUAUUUUUUUCUUUAAGCAAUGGCUUUUUUCUGGCCACUCUUCCGUAAAGCCCAGCUCUGUGGAGUGUACGGCUUAAAGUGGUCCUAUGGACAGAUACUCCAAUCUCCACUGUGGAGCUUUGCAGCUCCUUCAGGGUUAUCUUUGGUCUCUUUGUUGCCUCUCUGAUUAAUGCCCUCCUUACCUGGUCCGUGAGUUUUGGUGGGCGGCCCUCUCUUGGCAGGUUUGUUGUGGUGCCAUAUUCUUUCAAUUUUUAUAAUGGAUUUAAUGGUGCUCCGUGGGAUGUUUUAUUAUAACCCAACCCUGAUCUGUACUUCUCCACAACUUUGUCCCUGACCUGUUUGGAGAGCUCCUUGGUCUUCAUGGUGCCGCUUGCUUGGUGGUGCCACUUGCUUAGUUGUGUUGCAGACUCUGGGGCCUUUCAGAACAGGUGUAUAUACACUGAGAUCAUGUGACACUUAGAUUGCACACAGGUUGGACUUUAUUUAACUAAUUAUGUAACUUCUGAAGGUAAUUGGUUGCACCAGAUCUUAUUUAGGGACUUCAUAGCAAAGGGGGUGAAUACAUAUGCACGCACCAUUUUUCCGUUAUUUAUCUUUUAGAAUUUUUUGAAACAAGUUAUUUUUUUCAUUUCACUUCACCAAUUUGGACUAUUUUGUGUAUGUCCAUUACAUGAAAUCCAAAUAAAAAUAUAUUUAAAUUACAGGUUGUACUGCAACAACAUAGGAAAAAAGGGUAAAUUACAGGUUGUACUGCAACAACAUAGGACAAAAGGGGGGAUGAAUACUUUUGCAAGGCACUGUAUUUCAACUCAAGCACAACUAGUGUGUGUGGAGUGUGACAAGUCAUGUAUUGUGACCCUGUGUCUAGCAGCUCACCCCGGGCGGUCACUGGGGUCAACAUCCCUCCCAGUCAGAUGAUUCCCUGGACAGGCAGCCUGCCAGCCUUCCCUGCCUGCCUGCCUGGCCUGGUUGA